GGCUAUAUUGAUUAAGAUAAAUUAAAAUUAACAUGUAAAACGUUUGUUUCGUAUGUAUAUACGUUAUUUAAUGGCGCUGACUUAAUAUUUUUGCGACUUGAGGCACGGAUUUAAUUCAUUUUCGCGACCUUCGGCACGGAUGUCAUACAUUUUCGCGAUAUAACAACACAGUAUUCAUAUUUUUUUUACAAUCUUUCAAAGCUUUAAAUGGAAAUGCAUCUAUACGGAAGGAGACUUUCUUUAUCAAGGGUGGCUAUCUUACUGGUCUCAAUGAGUUUAAUACUUUAUUUGUUUUAUGAUUUCAUGUCAUUUAAAUCGAAACCAGACCGAGGUGUGAAUUUACUUCAAGGCUCCCAGCUCAAAAAGAUGCAAGAAAUGAAAGACAGGCUUCGUCACUCUGACGUCGAUGACAAGAUUGAUAAGUACGGCGCCGAUAGUAACAAUUAUAGAACUGUGAAUGACGCUGCAAAAGAGAAAGAACGUAAACGCGUUGAUGAUGACGCGGACGAUGGCAGUGAUGAAGAUUUUGUAAAAGAUGGUGAAAGUGAAGAUUUAUUACAAGAGAAAAUCAAAAACAAAAAUGGAAAUGAUUUCGAAAUUAGUCAAAAUAGUAAAAAAGACACAGAUGAUGUUAAUGAUGAUGAUGACGACGACGAUGAUGAUGAUGACGACGACGAUGAUGAUGAUGAUGAUGAUACUGUAGAGGUUGGUGUUGUUGAUGACAACACUAAAGGUAUUGUUGAUGAAAAAACAAAGGACUCUGCUCCAGUGAUAGAUAAAUCUGUGAAGAAAAAGUUAAACGCUUUUAGACAGGCUCUUGAAUAUGAAGGACAUUUAAGAGAAACGAAUGCAACAUUUACAAGAAUUAUCAACAAAGCAAAAUACAUAUCGCUGAUGGCGCCGGUCUCGAACUUCAUCCUUGUGAAUUUUGUUUGCAAGAGUUGUCUACCAUUUGUAAACAGUUGGUUAUGCAACACAAAAUAUUUCAAUUUACAUAAAUCUGUGCUUUUUGUUGCCAGAGAUCUAAGCAUAAGACAUUCUUUGCUAAAUGCAUGGCCGGAUUUGAACGUUGUUGCUCUACAACCUAGCCUUUCAAAGGGAGACUACGCGGAUAUAAGAAAAGAUAAAGAUGCUUGCGUUCUUCGUAGGUUACAGCUGAUAAAUGGGCUUCUGCGUGCUGGUAUAAAUUUACUGGUAUUCGAUGAGAAAUCAGUCUGGUUUGAGAACCCAGUACCGAAUCUUAGCCCGUCUAUACAGUUCGGUGUUGAUAUAAUCGUUAACAUUGUCCCCAACUCCCAUCUGAAUACAGGAUUCCUUGUUCUGUAUGCCACGGAGAGAUCGCGGCUAUUUUGGAAAUAUCUAUACGGAAAUAUGCGAAUGGAAUAUAUAAACGAAAAGGAAAGUAAUAAACGGAAGGAAUUGAACUUAGAAGAUCGAUACGAAGAAAAGCUGCAGUCGAUGAUUAAGUACAGACAUGACGGUGUGACAGUACGACAACUUCCGGUGAAUUUAUUUACGGACGGCGUUUGGUAUUUCUUAAAGGAAAACGAACGAGCAGCCACGAGACCUGUUGUUAUCAGAAAUAAUUAUAUUGAAGGAAACGAGGCGAAUGAUUCAGAGCUAAGCAUGGGGAAUUGGAUCCUUAGAGCAAGCACGUGCAAUACCGGAAACUUUGAAGAAACUGUGAUAUCCAUGUAUAAACAUAAAUGA